AUGGUGUCGCGGUGGGAUCGGCCGCUAGGAGAACAUGGGGGAGUGAGCCGAGCGGCCGGCGGCGCCCUGUGUUGUUACACGGGAUGGACACGCCCUUUUCCGCCCUCCAGCCAAUCGCCGCGCGAGAAAGGGGAGAGCGGCGCGCCUCUCCGCCGGGCUCCGCCAAUCGCAGCCGACCGGCCGCGGCUCCGGUCCCGCCCCGACCAAUCGGAAGCGACACAAACACUCGCGGCUCCGCCCGCUUCCGCAGGCCGCCCAAUGGGAGCGGACACAAACAGCGGGCACGGCCCAGGCUCCGAGUCACGGGCUGGAAACGCCAAGCGAACGGACGGGGCGAGCGCUGCCCCUGCUGAGCGACAACAGCCAAUCGGGAGCGGCGCUAACGGCGUCGGCCCCGCCCCCUCGAGCCGCUCAGCCAAUCGGAAGCGACGUAAACAGGCGGCCAAGCGCCCCCCGGGGGGUGGAGGCGCGUACCCGGCCGGGCCCGUCAUGGCGGCGCGGCCUAGUGCCGCUGCGGGACCGCCGGGCGACGACGGAGCGAGCCGGGACCAGCGCAGCUUGGAGGCGCUGAGCCUGGCCGCCGCCGGAGGAGCGGUGUCAGGGCGAUCCCUGCCCGACGGGCGGCAGCUGCCGGAGGGGCGGAGGGCGACGCUGGCGAGCGCCCUGGAGCUGGAGGGCACGGUGCUGCGCGAGGGGCGGCUCACGCAGUUCGUGGCCAACAACCUGGAGCGGAGGAUCCGGCUGAGCGGCGUCCCGCGGGCAGAGCAGCACUCGGCGGCGGCGGGAGGAGCCGGCUCCAUCCCCGCCAUCGACCCCGGGGCGCUGCAGGACGUGGUGGCGCUGGCCGGGCAGGUGGCGGCGCAGGUGGACGAGCUGCUGCGCAACGUGCACUGCGGGCUGCAGGCGCUCACGGCGCUCAGCGUCGGCUGCAUCCAGACGUACCGCGACGGCGUGGAGAGCCUGGGAGAGGCGGCCGACCUCAGCAUCCGCGCCAUGUACGCGCUGGUGGCGCGUUGCGAGGAGCUGGACCGCGCCAUGCAGCCCGUGCCCGCGCUGGCCAAGCGCAUCCGAGACAUGAAGGGCACGUUGGAGCGCCUCGAGGGGCUGUGCAAGUAGCGCUGCGCUCCGCAUGGCCGCAGAGCUGAAGGCCGAGCCGACCCUAAUCUGUCUUCGGAGGGAGAGCGCUCAGCUGAAGCGCUGCACGUCGCUUUAACUCCAUUAAAGAAUUUGGACUCCUGACGCCUUACGCUUUCUAUUUAUUGAGGGCUUGGAAAACUGACCGAGUUCCAUUAAAAGCCACCGCUGGUGUUUCUGCCUGACCGACUUUGAAGUCGUUGUGAAUAGUUUCUUUCAUACGUGCUGCUUUGCAGCUGACUCGGUGCCAGAUGGGUGGAACAGUCUCUUAGCGCUUGUUUUCUGUUGCAGCACGCGGCCGUAAGGUGAUGGAAAUGAGAGAAUUCAUGUAGCCAAACACACUUUGUUUUAUCAAACCCGCGGAGCAGAACUGAGAUUCAGCUAAGAAAAACCAAAUGCAAAGUUCUAAAUAAAGGCUUUCAGGUAAAAAAUGCUUUGCGUUUGUUAGUGUCUGCAGUUUUCACGGAGUGGAAGUUGAAACAGUAUCACUGUGAAAUGCCUCUUUCAUUGGAAUCUCUGUAGGGGCUGGGGGAGGCCGCUGGAGAUCAUUGCAUCCAACCCCUUGUUAAAGCAGGUUGCACAAAAGGUGUCCAGGUGGGUCUUGAAUAUCUCCAGAGCAGGGGACCCAACCCCCUCACUUGGCAGUCUGUUCCUGUGCUCCUUCACCCUCACACGUAAAGUUUUUCCUCAUGUUGAGAUCAUACGUUCCAAUUUGUGCCCGUUGCCCCUUGUCCUGUCUCUGCUCACCGCUGAAAAGAGAUGAGAAAUACGAUUACAUCACUGUGUUAUGCAAGUUUGACACAGGUCCUUUUGGAGAAUUUGUGAACUCAAAAGCUUUUGUUCAUGCAUUGCUGUGUGCAGGAGUUACUUUGUUGUGCUGCCAGUAUUUUUGCUGAGCCCAGAGAGAAGUUCUCUGGUGGCUGUGGAUCUGAUGCAGGUAGAUUUCAGCAUCCAUUUAGGUUACAAAAGUCCUUCCAACAAGAUUCACCACAGAAAUGAUCACUGUGAUCUUUAGUGCUGCUGAUGUGAGCAGUGUCUCCUAAAAGUCUUGAGGGAAAGGUACCCAGAAAUACCACGUGAGUCCUAUUCUUAGGUUUGUAGUGGGUACAGCUCUCACCCCUCCACAAGCUCAUGUGAAACGCUGAUGCUGUAUGGCGCUUCUAAACAUGCACAGUACUAAAUUGUAACAAAACAAUGAGCUUUUUACACUGCCCUGGUUUGCAGUCCAUGGACAACUUUGUGCCUCUCAGUGUUGCCUCCCCCUUGGCACAGGGAAUGUGUUUUGUAUGCAGCCUUCCUGCCUGCACGGUGGGAGGAGGCUGGAAGUGGGCCAGGCCCUGUUGACUCUGUGGUGUCUGCUAGGGAGUAGUUGUGGCUCCAGAAAGAGACUUAUCAGGUGAAGAAUAAAGGUUAGUGGAGAGAGAAAGGAGAACGUGGGGCCUAGCAGAUAUCAGAGGCCACAUAAUACUGCAGUAAUUUGUGUAGUUUUGGGGUGUUAUUCUUGAGAAAGCUUGAAAUUGUUUUAUCAUGAAGGUGCAGACAUUUCAUAGUUAAAUGUUUUUUUUUGUUGGUUUUUUUUUUGUAUAUCAGGAUUUAAGACCAAAUUUUUCUCUUGUUUUACAAGUAUUGAUGACUUGUUUGUAUGGUCACAUGUACAGCUAUGUUCUAUUCAUUCAAAGGUCAAGCCUGUAAAGUCUACACAUCUUUGUACACUAUCGGUUUUCAGUAGCUUUUCAUUUACGGUCACUUGUGUUAAAUGCUGAUUCUCUGCUGAAGUUGUUAAGUCUGUAAAAUAAAAUCAUUACUUUUA